AUGUGCUGCGGGGUUAAAGUGGAUUUAGAGUGUUUGGAGUUGAGAGAAGAUACUUACCUGAGUGGCGCCGCUAGCUGCAGACAAGCAGCAGCACGGCUCCAAGGAGCAGCAGCUGCAGCAGCUGCAGCAGCUGCAGCAGCGGCUGCUCCUCCCAGUGUUGCUGCUGCUGCUCCUGCAGCAGCAGCAGCAGCAGCGAGCAGCCAACAGGCAGCCCUUACACUCCGGCGGCGCGGCCGCUGCGCCGUGGAGGGCUGGCCUUCAAAGACGGAGUUGGAUUGCGAGUCAGAAGCAGCAGCAGCAGCAACAGCAGCAGCAGCAACAGCAGCAGCAGCAAAGACAGAAGCAAGAACGUCCGCAAUGGCUUCCCUGUUGCUGAAUGUGCCCAUCACAUCUGACCGAUCCCAGCAGCAGCAGCAGCAGCAGCAGCAGGGUGCUGGAGGGGCCAGGAGUCCCUUUUGUGGGGUUUUGCAGCAGGGCCCGGGUUCUGGGGUGUACGUACAGCCCGGAAGCGCAGCAGUGGAAACAGCAGCAGCACCUGUGCUGCUGCAGGAGCUGCAGCGGCUGAGGGGAAGUCAGUGGCUCGAUGAUGCUGUUAUAAAUGCUUUUUUGAAGCAGCAGCAGCUUUUGAAUGCAAACAGACACAGAGAGAAUCCCACGAGCGUGCCGAGCGUGUGCAUCCUGAACACUUUCUUCUUCGCGAUGCUUCAGAGUGGGCUGGCAGAUGCCGCGAGAGUCCAGAGGUGGACUCGUGGAACAGACAUUUUCUCCUUUCGCUUUUUGUUGGUGCCGCUGCAUCUGCACACAGUUCACUGGGCCCUGGGGGUUGCCGAUUUGGCGCGGGGCCUGACGUUUGUUUUCGACGCGCUGCCUCAGCAGUUUAAACCUUUCCAUGAAGUUAUUAAACUUUUUCUUACGGAGUGCUGGGAAGCCAAGAGGCUAGCUGUGCCUUCACCCGAAUGGCAAGCGGCACUGCCUUGCGAAUUCUCUUACGAACUUCCUAAAGAAGGGGAGCGCAGCUUUCAGCAGCAACAGCAACAGCAGCAGCAACAGCAACAGCAGCAGCAGCAGCAGCAGCAGCAGCAAGCGGGAAGGGACGAGCGUGGGGGAGGGUCACCCCACACUAGUGAAAAGUCAAGUGGUUUGUCGCAGCUGUCUGCUCAUGACGCCCAUGCAAGCAGCAACAGCAGCAGCAGCAGCAGUUGCUGCAGCAGCAGCAGCAGCGGCAGCAGCUGCUGCAGCAACAGCAGCGGGCGCUGUGGUAGCUUCUGGGUUCCCCCGCAGAAGGGGUCAGACGACUGCGGUGUCUUCUUGUGCCUCUUCGCGGCUGCCAUUUGCAAUGGAAGGCCUUUUUGCUUCUCGCAGCAAGACAUUGCUGCAUGCAGACUGAGACUGAAGCAGCGGCAGCUGCAGCAGCUGCUGCAGCUGCAGCAGCUGCUGCAGCUGCAGCAGCAGCAGAUGCAGCAGCAGGAACCGCAACCGCAGUGGGUGCCGCUUCCGAAAGCAGAACGCAGCAGCCGGAAGCGCCUUCAGACGCUUCAUUGA